AUGCUGGUUGACAAGAUGUUCUCCCUUCGCACUGCUGUGCGGAGAGCUUCCACCACCAAGCCCCUCCGCGCGCUCUCCGCACCGCACGCCGUUUCCUCUGUGAGACUCUGCUCUCCUCGCCAUGCUUUGAAAGCCUCCGCUGUCCCGUUACUGCAGAGCCGUCCCUAUUCCCGUGCCGCAGAUUCUCACCUCUCGUCGACUCGGUCUACCGUUGUCCAGCUGCUGAGCAACAUUGGUUCGAAGCGUGAGGUGCAGCAGUAUCUCUCUCACUUCACAUCGGUCUCCUCUCAGCAAUUCGCCGUGAUUAAGGUUGGUGGUGCUAUCAUUACCGAACACCUUCAGACCCUGUCCUCGGCUCUCGCCUUUCUCAACCACGUCGGUCUCUACCCCAUUGUUGUCCAUGGAGCCGGACCUCAGCUCAAUCGCAUGCUGGAGGCUGCGGGCGUUGAGCCACAAUUUGAAGAUGGUAUCAGAGUGACAGAUGGCAAGACUUUGGCCCUUGCCAGGAAGCUGUUUUUGGAGGAGAAUCUGAAGCUGAUCGAGGAGCUGGAACGUAUGGGCGUGAGGGCCCGCCCAAUCAACGCAGGCGUGUUUUACGCCGACUACCUCGACAAGGAGAAGUACAACCUAGUUGGUAAGAUCAACGGCGUCAACAAGAAGCCUAUUGAAUCUGCCAUCGAAGCUGGGUGUCUGCCCAUCCUCACCUCUAUGGCGGAAACCCCUGACGGCCAGGUUUUGAACGUGAACGCGGACGUCGCUGCCGGUGAACUGGCCCGUGCCCUGCAGCCACUGAAGAUCGUCUACCUUGCUGAGAAAGGCGGAUUGUUCAACGGUGACACUGGCGAGAAGAUCUCUGUGAUCAACCUUGAUGAAGAGUACGACCACUUGAUGACGCAAUGGUGGGUGCGCCACGGCACUCGCUUGAAGAUCAAGGAGAUGAAGGAGCUGCUCAACGACCUUCCCCGUACCUCGAGCGUUGCCAUCAUCCACCCCGCUGAUCUCCAGAAGGAACUUUUCACCGACUCUGGAGCUGGAACCCUCAUCCGCAGGGGCAACAAGGUGCACACGAAGACUUCCCUUUCCGAGUUCGAGGACUUGGAGAAGCUGAAGGAUGUGCUUGUCCGCGACCGUGAGGGUCUUGAUGCGAGGGCUACUGUCGACCGCUACGUCGAAGGCCUGAAGGAGCGUGACUUCAAGGUUUACUAUGAUGAGCCUAUGGAGGCUCUUGCUGUCGUCUUGCCCCCAGGCAAGGAUACCUCCUCUUCCUUCUCCCACCUGGCUACAUUCACGAUCACUAAGUCCGGAUGGUUGUCCAACGUCGCCGACAACGUUUUCGCCGCCAUCAAGAAGGACUUCCCUCAAUUGGUCUGGACAGUCAAGGAGAAUGACGAGAACCUUACGUGGUUCUUUGACAAGGCUGAUGGUAGCCUGAGCCGCGACGGUGAGGUUCUCUUCUGGUACGGUAUCGAAAGCGGCGAAGAGGUCAAGCAGCUGGUGCAGGAAUUCAACCAGCAUGGUCGCCAGAUGUUCGGUGAUAUUAACCUUGAGGCCAGACUCCAGCGCGCUGCUCAGGCGGCCACUAACAUUGGCAAGGGCUUCGGUGCCAGCGGUGCCUCUGUUGAGCAGAAGCGCGCAUUCUCCUCUACCGCUAAUGCUUUGCGGGCCGCUCGCUUCGGACGUCCUGCUGUCUUUCCCAGCGCUGUGAGAUCCUACUCCACCACGAAUCCCAACCCUCCUCUGGGAGAGAAGAACAUGUCCAACAACCGGCCCUCCAAGGUUGCUCUCAUUGGAGCCCGUGGCUACACUGGCCAAGCCCUGAUCAACCUGAUCAAUGCUCACCCCUACAUGGAUCUCCGCCAUGUUUCUUCUCGCGAGCUGGCUGGCAAGAAGUUGCAGGGUUAUGACAAGCGUGAGAUCAUCUACGAGAACCUGAGCCCCGAAGACGUGAAGCGCAUGUCUGCGAAUGGUGAUGUGGACUGCUGGGUCAUGGCUCUACCUAACGGUGUUUGCAAGCCGUUCGUGGAUGCUGUCGACCAGGGCUCUGAGACGGGCAACGUCAUUGUCGACCUGAGUGCCGAUUACCGCUUCGACGACAAGUGGACUUACGGUCUUCCUGAGCUGGUCAACCGUGGUAAGAUCGCUCGGGCCACUCGUAUCUCUAACCCCGGUUGCUACGCUACCGCUGCCCAAAUCGGCAUUGCUCCUCUCGUUCCCUACCUCGGUGGACAGCCCACCGUCUUUGGUGUCUCCGGAUACUCGGGCGCUGGCACCAAGCCUAGCCCCAAGAACGAUGUGCAGAACCUCACGAACAACAUCAUUCCUUACAGCUUGACUGACCACAUCCACGAGAGAGAGAUCAGCACACAGCUCGGAACUAGCAUUGCCUUUAUCCCCCACGUUGCUGUCUGGUUCCAAGGUAUUCACCACACCAUCAGCAUUCCUCUCAACCAAGAGAUGACUUCCCGCGACAUCCGCAAUAUUUACCAGGAGCGUUACGCCGGCGAGAAGCUUGUGAAGAUCGUUGGUGAGGCGCCUCUUGUCAAGAACAUUGCUGGCCGUCAUGGUAUCGAAGUUGGAGGAUUUGCCGUUCACUCCAGCGGCAAGCGUGUCGUUGUUUGCGCUACGAUCGACAACCUUCUGAAGGGUGCGGCCACUCAGUGCCUUCACACGCUCAACGCGCAAUUAAGGGCGCAGCUCGCGUCGCGACAAGAGUGGUUCGACUUAACCACAUGUAAAGAGACAAGCCCACGGAAGAUCAUCAUGUUCUACAGUCACGAAAUACUUACAUCCCCCGAGCACGGGGUUGCUACGAUAUGGCUGGUCGCAACGCUAGGGUCGAGAUCCAUCACAAGAAGAUUGAACAAGAAGGCGAUACUGGACGUGGAUGUUCCGAGAGCUUGCGAGGUCAUCAUGGAUCCUACGGCACCUAUGGCGUUGAGACUUCAGGGAAACCUACUAUACGGAGUCGCCAGAGUCUACAAUCAGCAGUGCCGCUAUACACUCACAGAUGUGCAGGCAAUGCAUGAAAGAUUGAGAUCAAUGUUGGGAGCUCUUCCCGGAACAGCCUUGGAUCCGACAGCUGGCAAAGCUAGACCUGAUCAGCUCAUCUUGCCGUAUGACCCGUCGUUCCUUCCUGAGAACAAUCUCCCAGGGUUGGGUUUGGAUCUUUCAAGGCUGAAUCUGUGGAUGGAAGAGCGAGCAAGCCAGCAAUUCAGCUUCCCAUUACCAAUGACUCCUGACUUAAGUCAGACCGUUGUCUCGCAUAACUCUAGUUUGCAGCUUGACUUAUCAUCGCAAGAUCUUGUCCUGAGAGAUAUACACGGGUUUGGUUCUGAGACCGAAAUGACGAAUUCUGCUCAAAGAACUGUGCAACUCGGGCGGAUUGCAGCGACAGCUCUCAAUGAUGAAGAGGGCAUUCUUCUGCAGCCUGACUUUGACUUUGAUGAAGAUGGAAAUCUCAUCGAGCUUGCGGGUGUUAAUGCUGCUGGUGAGGUUGGAAAGCGCAGCUCUGGCAGGUUUGACGCUGAGACACCGGUCACUGGUGAGGUGAAAGAGGGUGAUUUGAAUGACAUCUCCUGGGACUAUCAGCCAAUGCUAGUCGACGAGGGCAUGCAAGCAAUCACUGAACACAGACAGCCUACCCCCGUCUUCAACGCAGACACAUUUAUGCCUCAAGCUCCUGAAGCUCAACACUCGGAAGAGAUAGAGAAUGCUUCAGACACUCGGGAGGCAACAAUGCGUCGGACUCGAAGAAUCCCGAAAGCUGUUGCAACCGAUAGUCAAACCGCCCUGCGAAAUACUGAGCUGGCUCAAUACAACAAUGAAUACGUGCAAAACAUGGCCGCUGCUCUAAAGCAGAAGCUGAAAAAUAAAGUUCCUACCCAAGCAAAGAAGGAUGCAGUCUUUUGGGUCUACGGCCAGGGAAUUGGCUCAGUCGGCGUUGGCUUGGGAAUUGCUCAUGUUCAGCAUCCUUUGCAUUUCUUCUCGGGUGAGACUUUGUACGCAUCACUGACAAGCGUCGAAAGAUCAAAGAAACGCAAGAGCUCUCCUUCGACUAAUGAAGACAGCGAUGCUGAUUCCGAAACUCGACGCGUUCGACGUAGGGAAGAGUCCGAGGAACAACUCGGCCGAGGUGGGCCUUUUCACGACGAUCACAACUUGCAUGAUGAUAUGGAGAUUGGCCGUCAUGCCUCAUCAGUCCUUCGAGAUGACUCCUCCCAAAUGCCCUGGAAUAUCACAGCGUCCGUCCGAAGCUCUCGGCUUGGGCUGUCUGCAACAAGCAUCUUCCGUGGAUUCGGCAGCAUUAGUGACUUUUCUACUCGGGGCAUUCGCGAUUCGGCAGCCUCCAUGGCUCCACUUGCAGCACCAGGCAGAGCUCGAAGUCGCCUAGUAAGUGCAAGUCCUCUGGCUGGACGCGGCUUGCAGUACGACUUGGAGGGUCUCGCAAUCCCAGGAACCCAAGAAGAUGAUGUGGAUUUCCUCGAAGACAACGAUCUAGCGGGUUAUCUUCAGAGCGAGCUUGAUAUUGGACCCAACGCUGAACCCAAGGAUGAGACUGACAGAAAGCGAGCAGCCUUCCAUAACCGGCUGUUGAAAUCUAGUAUGGACCAGGAGAGCCUGAACUUUCUCGAGUUUCUCAACCUGCAAAUUGAGGAGCCUGCUCGAGAUUCUGCAGAGCAGGAUACUGUUCGUGAGACCGAUGCUGGCUUUCUUCGUCUUGAUGCUUCUGAUGGUAAAGAAGUAGCAUUUUCGACGCUCCUGCCUCCUGAAUCCACCUCUUAUACUGUCGCCACGCAUGGCCUGAUGCACAUACUUACCCUGGCAACAAAGGGCUUUCUUUCAGUUCAUCAGGAGCCAUAUGAGGAUGAGAGUAGCGAGGAGUACGGUGUUCGCUACAAAUUCGGAGAGAUAUACUUGCGCUUAUCCCACAUGUAG